UCAUAUAUAUACUUUUGCUUUUAGUGUGUAUAAAAGGAACACCAUCCAUAUAACAAUCCACACCAAGCAUUUUUCUUAUCUCUAAUUCUUUCUUUGAUCUUCAUUAGUCACUAACUACACAACACUAUGAGUGCCAAAAAUAAGUUUAUUAGGUUAACCCUUCUAUUAAGUAAUGCUAAACCAUACCUUUUAAUGGUUGGCCUUCAAUUUGGUAUGGCUGGUAAUUAUAUCUUUGGCAAGGACUUUCUUAACCGUGGGAUGAGCCGUUUCGUGUUUAUAGUUUAUCGUAAUGCCAUGGCUGCGGUCGCUGUUGCUCCUUUCGCUUUCUUAAUUGAAAGGAAAAGUAGGCCCAAGAUGACUCUCCCUGUCUUUCUACAAAUACUGAUGCUGGGAUUUCUUGAGCCAGUUUUUAACCAAAGCUUCACUUACUUGGGGAUGAAGUAUACUUCAGCUUCAUUUACAUCUGCUAUUAUGAACGCGGUGCCCUCUAUCACCUUUCUGCUUGCAGUCAUAGUUCGGUUGGAGCGUGUUAAAUGCAAUGAUAUUCGAAGUCAAGCUAAAGUGAUUGGAACAUUAGUAACCUUUGGUGGUGCUUUAGUAAUGGCAAUUUACAAAGGACCUAGCUUCAACAUUUUCCAUUCUGAAACCACAACUCAGAAGCAAAAUGGAACUCAAGAACUAUCUGAUAACCACCAAACAUCUGGAGCUCUUUAUAUACUAAUGGGUGGUGUUGCUUUAUCUUCUUUCUACAUUUUGCAGUCAAUGACAUUAAAAAGAUAUCCAGCCGAGCUAUCAUUGGCAACUUUAAUAUGUUUGGUGGGAGGAGCACAGGCUACUGCAGUGGCACUAGUGGCGGAGCGUCACUCAAAUGCUUGGGCCAUUGGUUGGGAUUAUAGGCUCUAUGCUCCUCUUUACACGGGAAUAGUUAGUUCAGGAAUUGCAUACUAUGUUCAAGGUGUGGUAAUGCAAAGCAGAGGUCCAGUAUUUGCAACAGCAUUUAGUCCUCUUUGCAUGAUCAUUGUUGCUGCUUUGGGCUCCUUUAUAUUAGGAGAAAAUCUAUAUCUUGGAAGUAUAAUUGGAGCAGUUAUAAUCGCACUUGGUCUUUAUUCAGUUGUGUGGGGAAAAGCCACCGACUAUUCAGAAUCAUCAACCAUAAAAGGAGGGACAAAAUCAAUGCCAAUUACUAUAAAUAAUGAUCCCAAAAUUGAUAUUAUUGCUGUCAAUUUGGAGAAAGAAACUGAGUUGAAAGUUACAAAUGCAUGAGGGAACUACCAUGAAGGCAGAGCAUUUGCCUCUAGUCAAAUUAGAAUGUCCAAAUAUUCUUAGGCUGUGGAUAUUUGUUGCACAUUGUAAAUGUUCCGUACUAAUGUUGAGUAUAUAUGCAAAAAGCCACGUUGGAUAUGUAAACUGUGUAAAUGGUUAAAGCAUUGAGGAAUCAAAGAUGCAUGUUUAUGCUCUUUGAUAUUCAAAAAGAUGAAUUUUGUAACUGUGUUUGGUACUAAAGGAAAAUAUUGGAGAGUUUAUUAGGGCCUAUUAUUGUUGUAUCUCUUGUAAUUGGGCCUUACUUGUUUUUGGAUUAGGCCAGUCCAUAUCUGUUUACUGUUAUUAGUUUGUUUCUGUUUGAAUUAUUCUCAAGCACAAGAAAAUUUGAA